UAAUGAACAUAUGCCAACCUAGCAAAAGGAUAACCAUGACAGGGUUGUUUUCUUUGACUAUGCGAAGUUUAUCUGCUGAUCCUUUCCAUUGAGGUGUUGUAAUAGCUUCAAUCACAGAAAUCUCUAUUAUUUUCCACUGAUUUUUCUUCACUACCAUGGAUACAUUCACUGUUCUUUCUGCCUCUAUCCUCUUUUUCAUUGUACUUGUUAAAAUCUUGAAGAAAUUUGAGGCCAAAAACUCUACGAUGAAACUGCCUCCAGGGCCAAAAAAGUUGCCUAUCAUAGGGAACAUGCAUCAACUUCUAGGUUCACAAAUACACCACAAACUAAGAGAUUUAGCCAUGAAAUAUGGACCAUUAAUGCAUCUUCAGCUCGGCGAAAUCUCCACAAUUAUCGUCUCAUCACCAGAUAUCGCCAAGGAAAUUAUGCAAACACACGAUGUGAUAUUUGCUCAAAGACCUUACCUCCUUGCACCCAGUGUUAUCAGUUACAACUGUAAUAUUGGUUUUUCACCUUGUGGAACUUACUGGAGACAACUGCGUAAAAUUUGUGCCACCGAGCUUUUAACUUCAAAGCGCGUUCAAUCAUUUCGAUCAAUUAGAGAAGAAGAGGUAUAUAAUCUAAUAAGCUCGUUCUCUAUCAAUAAGGGAUCCAUUAUCAAUCUUAGCGCCCGAAUUUUCUCAAUGACAUAUGCGAUCACAGCGCGUGCUGCUUUUGGAAAAGAGAACAAAUACCAAGAAGAUUUCAUCAAGUGUGUGGAGGAUGUUGUGAAGGUUUAUGCAGGUUUUAGUAUAUCAGAUGUAUACCCUUCAAUCAAAUUACUGGAAACAAUCAGUGGCAUGAGAGCUAAGGUUGAGAAAGUUCAUAAAAGAAUUGAUGCAAUACUUGAACAUAUUAUUAAUGAGCAUACAGAGAAAAACCCCACACCAAAACAAAUCAAGAAAGAAGAAAAUGAAGACGCAGUCGAUGUUCUUCUAAAAAUUCAGAAAGAUGGUGAUCUUGAAGUUCCACUGACUCGUGACAAUAUCAAAGCUGUCCUCAUGGACAUUUUUGCAGCGGGGAGCGAUACAUCAGCAACUGCAGCAGAGUGGGUAAUGGCUGAAUUGCUUAAAAAUCCACUUGUGAUGGAAAGGGCACAAAUUGAAAUCAGAGAGGCAUUUCAAGAUAAAGGAAAUGUUGAAGAAUCAGGCAUUUGCAAACUAAAAUACUUUCAGUCAGUUAUCAAAGAAACCAUGAGGCUGCACCCUCCUGUUCCCUUAUUACUUCCAAGGGAAAGCAGGGAGCCUUGUGAAAUCAAUGGAUAUAAAAUUCCAGCCAAGACGAGAGUCAUCGUUAACGCAUGGGCAAUUGGCAGAGAUCCAAAGCAAUGGUCUGAACCUGAGAAAUUUCAUCCUGAGAGAUUUCUGGAUUCAACGGUGGAUUACAUGGGACAUGACUUUCGCUUUUUGCCAUUUGGUGCAGGAAGAAGGAUAUGCCCAGGCAUAUUAUUUGGUCUUGCUGAUAUUGAACUUCCACUUGCACAAUUGCUAUACCAUUUUGAUUGGAAAUUGCCAGGUGAAGAAGAACUAGACAUGACUGAGAAAUUUGCUUUGACAGUUAGGCCCAAAAAUCAUCUGCAGUUGAUCCCAGUUCCUUAUGAUCCUUAUCUUUCAAAUAUGCAUUAACAGCUUGUUUGGAUAGUUGUUACGUAUUAUUUCAUAACGUAUCGUAUUGUACUGUGCUGCAUUGUUUUGAUGAAAUACAAUGUUUGGACAGAAAUCGUAUCAUUUCU